AGGGGCGGGUCCUUCGGCCGGGAAACCUCGUUGGCCCGCGAGGCUCUUCCUUUCCGAUCCGCCAUCGCUGGUGGCAGCGCCGCCAGGAUGCAGAUUUUCGUGAAGACCCUUACGGGGAAAACCAUCACGCUCGAGGUUGAACCCUCGGACACUAUAGAAAAUGUCAAGGCCAAGAUCCAGGAUAAGGAAGGAAUUCCUCCUGAUCAGCAGAGGCUGAUCUUCGCUGGCAAGCAGCUGGAAGAUGGCCGUACUUUGUCUGACUACAACAUCCAAAAGGAGUCCACCCUUCAUCUGGUGCUGAGACUUCGUGGUGGUGCUAAGAAAAGGAAGAAGAAGUCUUACACCACCCCCAAGAAGAACAAGCACAAGAGGAAGAAGGUGAAGCUGGCCGUACUGAAGUACUAUAAGGUGGAUGAAAAUGGCAAAAUUAGUCGUCUUCGUCGGGAGUGUCCUUCUGAUGAAUGUGGUGCUGGAGUUUUCAUGGCCAGCCACUUUGACAGACAUUAUUGUGGCAAGUGCUGUCUGACUUACUGCUUCAACAAGCCGGAAGACAAGUAGUUGUGUAUGAAUAAAUAAAAAGACAGGAAUUGAUGUUUAGUGUUGUUUUGUUGUAUGUCUAAAGACUUUCUUGGGCUGUGUGACUAGUCCUUUUGGUUCCUGUCUUAGGUGCCAGCUGCCUGUCUUGCAUUGACUUGAGCCAGAAUUUUUUAAGGGAUUAGGGGAUGUCCUUUGCCUUAGAGAAUGAUUAGUCUGUGUUGAUGGAACUAGAGGCCACCUCCCUAUCCCUUUGACCUUCCUUUAAGACAUGACAGAUGAAUUGAUGAACUAGAGAGAUGGCUCAGUGUUAAGAGCACUGGCUGCUCUUCGUAGCAUCCCGAGUCACAAGAUAGGUAAUAUCCAGAGUUUGAGGAAGUAUGCUCCUUGUUGAUGUAUGCAGGAGGGGUCAAUUUGGGGAGGGGGAUGUUCAUUGGUUUGUUUGGUUUUUUUUUUUUUUGAGACAGGGUCUCUGUAGCCUUGCUGGCCUUGAUUCAGGCAUGUGUUGCCUUGCUUGGCUCAUUGUGAAUUCUUAACUCUUGCUAUAUAAGAAAAAGCUAGGCGUGGUGGUGCAUGUUUAAAAUUUCACAACUUGGGAGGCUGAGACAGGAGAUUGCUUAACCAGCCUGUGUUAAGUAUCAAGACUCCAUCUUUAAAUAAAGGACACGAAACAAUA